AUGUCGAACAGCAAUAACCACACGAACUCCGCUGAGGGGAGACAAGCUCGGUCUUUUAGUCAAGGAUCCGCAGGCUCUUAUCUAAACUCCUGGCUAUCGGGCCGUUUCUCGCCCUCAACGUCCGCAAACUACUUGGACGGUGAUGAUGUCGCAGGUGACCUCGAGGACGACGAUGGCGAAGCUCAUCACAGAGCUGGGCAGAUGUCUUUGCGGCUUCGGCAAGCAGGUGGUGUAAACAGCUUGGACAACUUUGCACGGUCAUGGCAACGAGCAGCGGCAUUCCCAGAAAUUAUUCCUCGGCGCUCAUCCUUUGUGUUUGAGUACGAAGAGCCCGAUGAGACAGAUGAGCGCCAGCCCGCACAGGACGAUGUGGAUCAGAAGUCCACGACACACCCGCUUUUGUCUGCCAGCUAUCGCUCCGGACGGUCAAGAUUCCCUUCAGACAGUGUGCAUGACGGCACCGAUAGAAGGGACAGCUCACCCCAAGACCUGAGACCGUUAUUGAGCAGAGAUUCGCCGACAACACCAGCUGAUCUUCUCCGAGCAUACGACCACUCCUCUUUAAGUAGAAGUUUCGGGACCUCCUAUGGUACGAUUGCUUCUCGCGCAAGUGAGACCGCCCGACAUAGAGCGCUUGAGCUUCAUCAUGAACACCAACACCAACUGAUAUCCGGUGGCGAGCCGGAGCCGGAUAGAGGACCACUACUGGUGAAGCAAAUUCAGCAUGAAGACGGUACUAAGGAGAGCAUCAUCGUCGGUCAAAGCACGGUGCCGCAGACCAUCUUCAACUCGGUCAACGUCUUGAUUGGUGUCGGUUUGCUAAGUCUGCCUCUCGGCAUGAAAUAUGCUGGUUGGAUACCUGGUCUUUCGUUCUUGUGCUUCUCAGCUGCAGUUACGGCCUACACUGCGAGGGUCUUGGCUAAAUGUAUGGACGUCGACCACCAUCUAGUGACUUAUGGGGACCUCGCAUACAUAAGCUUUGGGCACCAGGCUCGUGUUGUGACUAGUCUGUUGUUUUGCUUGGAACUUUUAGGCGCUUGCGUUGCACUUGUGGUGUUGUUCGGAGACUCCCUCGGUACUCUGUUACCUGGUCUUAGUCUAUUACAGUGGAAGAUUAUUUGUGGCGUUGUCCUACUGCCGCUCAGCUUUGUUCCAUUGCGUUUCCUGAGUGUCACUAGUAUUCUCGGUAUACUGUCAUGCACUGCAAUCGUGGGAAUCGUCUUCAUAGAUGGUCUUAUCAAGCCAGACUCGCCUGGAUCUCUUCGUCAACCGGCCAAUACAUCCCUCUUCCCUGAGAAUUGGGCGACUUUACCUCUCAGCUUUGGCCUCAUUAUGUCUCCCUGGGGCGGACAUGGCGUUUUUCCAAAUAUAUACCGCGACAUGAGACAUCCCCAUAAAUAUGGCAGGRGKCUUUUCGUUACGUAUAUUUUUACGUUUGGCCUUGAUUGUUCAAUGGCUAUAAUCGGCUGGUUGAUGUUUGGGGAGAGCGUCCGUGACGAAGUUAUCGUCAAUAUACUGCAGAGCACCGGCUAUCCUCGCGCCCUUUCGAUUUGCAUGAUUCUGUUUACUGCAAUCAUCCCGAUCACAAAGGUGCCUUUGAAUGCCCGGCCGCUUAUUGCAACGGCUGAAGUCCUGUGCGGUCUGAACUCGUCGGACUCUCACUCCUCGCAGGACAGUAGCGAAGAACCCAAGAAAGCAGCCUUGAUUGGCAAAGCUCUCAUACGCGUCUUUGUGCUCGUUCUGAUCGUUUUCAUCGCCAUUGUAUUUCCGUCUUUUGACCGCAUCAUGGCGCUCAUGGGUUCUUUGUUGUGUUUUACUAUUUGCAUCAUUCUGCCACUUGCAUUCUACCUUAAGAUCUUUGGAAAUGAGAUUUCGCUUAGAGCCAAGGGCAAGCCCAGCAACAAGGCCGGCGCUGCCGCCAAAGCCGUCCUCAAGGGACAGGGUGCCAAGAAGUUGCGCAAGAUCCGUACCUCGACCACAUUCCACCUCCCCAAGACUCUGCAACUCUCACGCUCCCCCAAAUACCCUCGCAAGUCCGUCCCCCACGAGACCCGUCUCGACCACCACAAGGUCAUUGUGCACCCUCUCAACACUGAGAGCGCCAUGAAGAAGAUUGAGGAGAACAACACACUUGUCUUCAUUGUGGACGUCAAGGCCAACAAGCGUCAGAUCAAGGCUGCUCUUAAGAAGCUCUAUGACGUUGACACUGUCAAGAUCAACACUCUUAUCCGACCCGACGGAACCAAGAAGGCCUAUGCUCGUUUGACCCCUGAUGUUGACGCACUUGAUAUCGCCGCUACCAAGCUCGCUAUUGUUUAA